UUUUUAUUGUCCAGAAAUCUGUAUUUCAACAUGGCUAAGUCCGUUAUCUGUGAUUUAGUUCAAAUAUUUAAGAGUAGUGUGUCAGCAGUGCUUCCAGAGAAUCUUAUUAAAAACUCGAUAAAAUUCAAUGCAAGUAAUCAACAACUGACUGUAUUUAGAGAAAACUAUAACUUAAAAAACAGGAAUGUCUAUGUUAUUGGCUUUGGUAAGGCCGUUCAAAAUAUGGCAAUAGAGAUGGAAACUAUCCUUGGAUCAAAAAUCAAGCAUGGCAUUAUAAGCAUUCCUGUAGGAAGCUGUACUCAUAACUCAAUGAAUAAUAACAUGUUUUAUUAUGAAGGCGCAAAAAAUAAUUUACCGGAUUCUAAUGCUGAGAAAACAGCAAAGAAAGUGAAAGAUAUUAUAUCAAAACUUAAUGAAAAUGAUUUACUUAUAGUUUUAGUAUCAGGAGGUGGGUCAGCCUUACUACCAUUGCCUAAGGGCCCAAUAACAUUGGUGGAAAAAACCAGAUUAAUAAAAGACCUAGGAAAUUCUGGAGCUGAUAUAUCAGAACUUAAUACAGUUAGAAAGAGUAUAUCGGAUUUGAAAGGAGGCCAAUUAGCGAUAAAAGCUCAACCAGCCGAAGUGAUUUCUCUAAUACUAUCAGACAUUGUUGGAGAUCCUUUGGAUUUUAUAGCAAGUGGCCCAACUACCGAAAAUCUAGAUAGUCCUUUAAAAACAUUCGAUAUUAUAAAUAAAUAUAAAUUGCAGAAUAACCUUCCAGAAUCCAUCAAAAAAGUUUUAAAAUACAGUUACAAUUCUCAUCCAUUUCCAUCCACAAAAGUAAAAAAUUAUUUAAUAGGAUCCAAUAGACUAAGUAUUGAAGCAGCUUUGAAUGAAGCAAGAAAUCUAAAUUAUGUGCCAGUGGAAUUAUCAAAUGCUGUUACGGGUAAAGUAUCAGAGGUAGCAAAUCAAUAUGUACAGCUAACUAAAGUAUUCUGUGAAUAUUUAAAUGGAAAAUUAAGCUCAAGGGACUUAAGGGAACAAACAGAAAAUCUGAAAAUACCAGGAAUAAAGCCAGAUUUUGUAGAUAAUAUUAGUUCUAUGUAUUUAAAAGGAAAAGAUAUAUGUUUUGUGCUCGGAGGAGAAAUUACAGUAGAUGUAAAAGGAACCGGCAAAGGUGGUAGAAAUCAACAGCUUGCUCUUGAGUUUUCAAACUAUAUCCAUAACAUAAAAGAGUAUUUCAAGGAUUUUGAAAUAUAUAUACUAUGUGCUGGAACAGACGGUAUCGAUGGACCGACAGAUGCCGCAGGUGCAAUUGGCCAUUUAGAUUUGGUUACGAAUUCACAUUAUCUUGACAUUGAUGUGAAUAAAUAUUUAAAUGAUAACGACUCCUACAAUUUCUAUGAUAAAUAUAGUAAUGGUGAUUUUCAUGUAGUCACUGGACAUACCAACACUAAUGUUAUGGAUAUUCAUUUAAUAAUAGUCAAAAGGAAGUAGCAAUAAUUGUCUACUAAUAUAAUGAAAAUUGGAGGAUAUCUGAAUAAUGUAAUUA